UUAACCGGAUUAAUUGAUAGCGUCUAAUUAUCGGAUUGAAAUGUCGACAUUCACUUGGUCCCUUCGCUAUACGUUUAAUGUCUAGCACUACACAAGUUCGUGUUAUGAUAGGUAUGAGUUAUUAUUUAUUACCGAACUAAUUAUUUAACACAAAAUAACAACAAUUCUAUCGAUUAAGAAGGACCGUCAAUUCAUUUUCACUCCACACUCAACCCGGAUUUGUGGCAAGUCAAACGCCAACCAAACGAUGCUAGUUUUUCACACAGCCCAAGCGCUUUUAGUUCUUUAUACGGUGUCCACAAGCAGUGCGGCAAAAGUACUUGUGGCCAAGGAUGAAGUUUACGAUGUCAAGUCUAUGUUGAAUGGACCGAUGUCGGUAGACGAGUCGGGUAACGUGAUAAUCAAAGUAAUAGUCGUGCCCGAUUACAAACACGAUGGUGUUCUCGAUGUGAACGGUAAAUAUAUUAAACUGAGAGUAAGAGUUACUGAUAUAUCUCGGAGCUUUGAUUCCUCUGUAUUUGCAAGAUUGAACUCUCCACUGAAAAACUAUCUAUCAUACAUAUUGGGAGUCAGCAUAAACGAUAUAGCAGUAAUACAAAAAGAUCUUGGAACCUCCAACUGCUUAUUGGGUCGAAUGUCUCAAGAUAAAACUGUCAUAAUAAGCGGAUACAAUCAAGAUGUUGAAAGUUAUGUUAAGAACAUUUUAUAUUCGCUUAGAAGUGAAAGAGAAAAAGAAACCAAUAUUUUCAAAAGAUUAUAUAAUUUUAUAUUAGACAAAUUUCAGCCAAAACUUCACGAGAAGCCAACUAUGAUGUAUAUGAAACUUAAGCUUUAAAUAUUUUAACUAUACUCGACAGGGAGUUAAGUGGUUAGAAAUUAUUAUUAUUAACAAAAUGCUUGUAAGUGUUGUUGCAAGUGUUCAAAAAUAUUGUCAAAUGUUUUAUUAUUUUUGCUGUAUACAUAUGGUAGUUUUAUGUACACAAAAUUAGUUAAAUUGAAUAUUUUCGUCGUAUAAGUUUUAAAUUUCUUACUGCUUAUAAUGGAAUAA